CCUCUUUGCAGAAGUCAUGUGACAGUGCACGUAUCAUGUGAAUAUGUUUUUCUUCACGUAGUAAAAUACAUAAACAGGGGUUGCUAUCUUUGUUAUCUAAUAUAAAAUUUAGAUUUAGGUUUAGACAAUCAAACAUGUCGCUAGUACCUGCAUUGAUGAUCAGUUUUCUCCUACUGGGUAUUUUCAUUAUCUAUGGCGAAACAACAGACUUGGGCGCAAGUUGUACACCUCCAGCUGCCCAAGCGGCAGAUGAAUGUACGGUAGACAAUUCAGAGUGUAAAACUGACACGUGUGUUUGCAAAACCGGAUUCAUUAAAGAAAAUGGAGCAUGCCAAAAAGUUCUCAGACGCGAUUGCAAAGCAGUCGAUAAAGCUUGUCCUGGUGAUGUAAAUGCAGAAUGCAAAGGUGAUAAGUGUGUUUGCAAAGCAGGCUAUGCUGCAAAGAAUGACGUUUGUACACAAAACGUCAAUGGAAUCGAUUGCUCAUCAGUUUCAACAGCAUGUGACACUAUUCAAAAUGCAACGUGUGACGCCACGUCUAAGAAAUGUAAAUGUAACACAGGUUUCAUCAUGAAUUUUAACAAAUGUGACCCGGAAAAAAAUAAUUCUGCGGCCUUGAUGAAUUUCGGUGUUGUUUCGAUGGUACUGUCUCUUCUGGCAGCUUUAAUUUUUUAGAGACAAUGGCAAUAUAGUUGUUUUAACAGAAUACCUAAGAUGGCUUUCUUCUUUUGUCUUUGUUUUUGUUGUAGUGGUGUUUUAUUGUGUGCAAGAGUAAAAAGAACUGAAAACUUGAUUUAAACAUACAAAUACAUAACAAUUUCUCUGUUUUGCGUAUUUAGUAUUUCCAUUGCUUCCUGAAAUAAAACAUUAUGCUGUUAUAUUAAAACCUAUCGUAAAUAAGAAGAUCUUUAAUAUCAGUAGAUUUUUAGAGAUACUCAACUGUCCGUAAUUACUAAAAAACAGAUUGUGAAAAAGGUAAAUGUCGAAGGUUAUAUAUAAAGAAUUGUAUUAAACAAAACAUGUUCAAAGGAAAUAUGUACAUAUAUCAUAUGUAUAUUUAUAACUUCUUUUUAUAGCCUUAUAUCAAACAACAUUCGACAAUAUACAUGUUGGUACAAUUCUCUUUAUUUUCGGAAAUAAGAUUGAUACCGAAAUCAAAAUCGUAAAUAACAAUUACAGUUCAUAAUCAAAAUCGGGAAAUUUCGGCAAUUGGGUUGAUAUCCCAUCUAAUUUGUUGUCGGCUGUCUAGUGGAAACAGUAAUAAAUAUGAUACCACGUUUAGAUUGUUAAGAGGCCAACGACAAAGAUACUCCAAUAAUAAUCAAACGACAUUUCAAAAUGUGUUUUUAUUCAAAUAAAUUUGUAGUACAGAU